AUGGCGGUGCCGCUGGUUCGCACGACAAGCGCGGACUCGCCUCUCCGCGCGCCGGCAUCCCUCAUCCCCGACGCUGACUGCCUCGACGUCCCCACCGUCCUCGUCGUCUUACCCGACGGCUCCGUGCGACUGUACGACACGCGUCGCCUGACCGUGUGCGACGUGCUGUGCGACUAUCCGAGCCACGCGCUGUCAUGCACGACCACGGGCCCCGUGCUCCAGCAGCAGCGGGUCCUUAACCUCAACGCCACCUACUACCUCCGCCGAGUCUCCCCGCCCGCGGCGGCGGCUGCGGCGGAGGCUCCUUCCGCGAGCGUCGUCUCGGUGCAAAAUCCCGAUCUUCAAUGCGCGCCGUUCUCGGCGGCGCACUCCCCGCACGACACGGGGGGAUGCCCCAAGGAGGCUCUUGACUCGUCGUUUGAUGCGCCUGGAGAGGAGACUAAAAUGGCGCGGUCCGCCUCCGCGCGGAACCUCGAGCAAAAUCGCGCGCAGUGGGAACACGUGGCGGAGCGGAGGACUUCCAGCUGGGACGCUGCGGAUCCUGAGCCACGUCGGCAUGACGUCAGCGACGGCAUCAUCCGGGGCAAUCGCAUAAAUCCAAUUCUGGCCGAGUUAGAAACGCUGGAAGACGACGGCGAAGUUCCUCCCACGCCCUCGACGGAAUCCGUCAAGUCGUCGUCCCCCACGGCCAGCGCGAGACGGACUCUGAUGGGCAAGCUGGUUCGCUUCAAGCUGCCCAUCGGGCGGCGCAGCAGCAGCUACGAUCAAGCCUCUCCCGUCGGAUUCCGCGCUGAAAACACUCGCGUGAGCCCCCGAACUCCGCGCUCUCCGUGCCCUGUCAUCCCCAAGAGCCCCCGCUUCAAACCUUCAGGCACAGCUGCUGCUAACACUUCGGUGCAAUUCGAAUUGAGCGACACGGAUAUCGCGUGCCAUGGCGGCUGGGGUGACAAUCUCCCAAAGGCGAGCGGGUAUUCCCGGGGGGGAGAGUGGGUGGAUGUGAGCUGUGACGUGUUCACGAGCGACACACGGAUCGUCCGCCGCGCGGUCAUGCUCGUAAAGCCUGCGGGGACCACGAGCGGGGGUGCAUGUAACGCACAGCCGCUUAUUCAAAGAAACUCGUCCAAUCCUGCAUUGGCUGCUGGUUCGCGGGCUGUAACACCAGUGUGGUUGAAAAAUGGCAAUUACACUCAGCAGUUCCCUCUGCCUGUCGUGGCGCCAAGGCAGUCGCGGCACAGCGCUGAUUUUAUCUCUUCAACUGAAAGAUGCUUCACCAGCCCCCUGCUUCAUCGGAUGCUGGAGACAUGA